AUGGAGUAUAGAAAAUCGAAUAUAUCAUAUACGGGUAUUAAAGGAAUUGAACUAUGGAGCGGUUUUUCUUUUUUCUUGCAUAGAUAUGAACACCAUCCACCUACGCUUUCCACCAAUAAGAUGCAGUGUAGGAAAAGCAAGAUUUAUUCACACCCAUCCUUUCAAAAGAGAGAUUCGUAUGGUGGAUCCAAGUUCAGUUCGCUGGUUCCCAGGUCACAUGCGAAAGGGUAUGAAUGA